AUGGGUUGCAUCCUGAGCUCGGACUGGUGUGGGGAGGACCUGGUACAAGCGGUGCCGGUGGUCAGAAGCUCGUAUGUAAAGAGUCAGAGCCUGGAGAGGAGUGACACUGGCAGGAUGAGACUCAUGAAGUCAGGGAAGGGAGAGCCUCACGUCUUCAAGGAGAAGACUUUCAAGAAGAGGCGUCAGUGCAGCGUGUGUCACCAGAACUUGGACAACGUGGGCUCAUUCUGCCGAGUAUGCAAGACAGCCACUCACAGGAAGUGCGAGAGCAAGGUUACCACAGCAUGUAUCACAGCUCCUGCCAAUGAUUUGCAGCGCAGAGGAACAGCUCCGUCUCGAAAUGCCCAACACCUGGGUUCCACCAAGUCUUUAACUUACACCAAGCAGAGAAACACCCUGCCACGGAGCUUCAGUGUGGACCGUGUAAUGGAGCGAGUGAUGGAGCGCCACUAUGACUUUGAUCUCACCUACAUCACGGAGAGGAUCAUCUCUGUCUUCUUCCCACCGAAGCUUGAAGAGCAGCGGUACCGCCUCAACCUAAAGGAAGUGGCCGCCAUGCUCAAGUCAAAGCAUCAAGACAAGUUUUUGCUCCUCAAUCUUUCGGAAAGGCGCCAUGAUAUGAGCCGACUGAAUCCAAAGGUCCACGAAUUUGGCUGGCCCGACCUCCACGCUCCGCCACUUGACAAAAUCUGCGCCAUAUGUAAGGCCAUGGAAACGUGGUUGACAUCUGACCCCCAACAUGUGGUGGUUCUGCAUUGCAAGGGUAACAAAGGCAAAACAGGAGUGAUCAUUGCAGCCUAUAUGCACUACAGCAAGAUCUCAGCUGGAGCCGACCAGGCUCUCAGUACUCUGGCCAUGAGGAAGUUUUGUGAGGAUAAGGUAUCCACUUCCCUCCAGCCAUCCCAAAACAGGUAUAUCUAUUACUUUGGUGGUCUCCUGUCAGGAGCCAUAAAGAUGAACAGCAGCCCUCUCUUCCUCCACCAAGUUCUCAUCCCGUCACUCCCCAACUUCCAAGGGGAAGGAGGCUACUACCCUUUCCUGAAGAUCUACCAGUCAAUGCAGUUGGUCUACACGUCAGGCAUUUAUGAUCUUCAAGGAAGUGGGGGAAGGCGACUAUGCGUAACCAUCGAACCAGCACUCCUGCUUAAAGGUGACAUCAUGGUCAAAUGUUACCACAGGCGAGCCCAAAGCGCAGACCGGGAUAAUGUGUUUAGACUCCAGUUCCACACUUGCACCAUCCACGGAGCACAGUUGUGGUUUGGUAAAGGAGAACUGGAUGACGCCUGUACAGAUGAGCGUUUUCCAUUGGAUGCCACAGUGGAGUUUGUCUUUUCCACUGGACCUGAGAAGAUCAAAGGCCGUGAGUACCACAAAAAUGACCCAGCUGUCACGGUUGAUUACAACACUGCUGACCCUGUAGUUCGCUGGGAUUCCUACGAAAACUUCAAUCAGCAUUACCAGGACAGUCUUGACGAUAUUGCCCACACAAGAGGUCCUCUCGAUGGCAGUCUCUAUGCACAGAUAAAGAAGCGCCGGGGCCCAAAUUCUGGUUCUCUUUCUUCAACAAAUGGCAGCAGCCCCGGAGCAGAGGAUAGACCUGAUCAAUUCCUUCCUCGCCGCUCUGACUCCGCUCUUUCGGCACAUUCUAGCCCUUUUAAGCAAUCACCCAUACAUCCCGACCACCCUGAGGAGCCAUUACGUCCACCGCCUCCUACUAGGCAAGAGCGAGAGGAGCUUGAACGUCUUCUUGGAGGCAUAGAGGGAUGCAGAGAUGCAGAGCGAGAGACAGCUAUCUUGGAUGAUGGUGAUUCGUCACCUUCGGAACGGACUGAGACGCUGAGGCUCAGUCGCUCCUGUUCCUGCCGGGAUGGAUAUCGGUCACAGCGCUGUGCGGAACCUGGUUGCGACCAGACCCUCCUAAUGCCAAAUGGUUACUGCCUUGAUCGUGCGCCUGGUACCAACGGGCACCAUGGGGCGACUCCUCCAAUCCCUAACUCAGCUGUUCCUCCCUCGCACAUGGACCUCUGCCAGCACUACAGUCCCCACCCUCACCAAUCUCUCCCACCGCCUGACCUGGUGUGGGAUCGCCAGAGCAAUCAGCAACACUGCCUGCACCGCUCUUGCUCUGAAGCUACCUCGUCACAUCAUCUCUACUCCUACCCUUCACUCGACCCCCAUAACCAUGCUCACUAUCCUCUGUCUGCACCAGGUCGUCUUUGCUGCAGAGAGGAUGAUUACAGUCCUUAUCACCAUCCGCCGCCUCACGGCCACCACCAUCCCCACCCUCACCAUUCCAAGUCCUCCACCACCCCACCCUAUCACGAUGUCAUGCUAAUGGAUGGUCUGCCAUCCCCCGGUUGCUCUUGCAGGGACUGCGGCAUCAGGAGAGAAGAAGCAGCAGCGGCCUAUCACAGCCUGAGGCUCGAUAGGGGCAACGGUUUUCACUGGGAUAGAGAGGAGGCAGGGCUACGAAGAUCCAGGGAAACAGAGUUAACCCGAGGCGGCUCGGAGAGCCACUGGGAUAGACGUGGUCGAGAGUUUUCUCUCCCUUGGGAGCGAGACAGAGAGGCAGAGCUCCAGUGGGAGAGGGAGAGAGAGGCGGAAUAUUGGCACAAGCGGGACACCAUUGCAUCCUAUGGACCACAAGGUCACAAUCUACCCGCUUUCACAUUUGACCCCUUGCCAUCAUGUCACCCUUCUUAUCCAGAGGCAUCGCGGUCCCACGCUCAUUCUCACCUUGACCUCAAAUACAGCAGCAGCAGCAGUGGCUAUCAAACACCUCGUCAGAUGUGCCCAUGCUCGCCUUACCAGCCGUCGCCGUCUGAAAGCAGGGGCUAUGCCUCAGGCUAUCAGUCUGAGUCCACGUCGCCGUUGCCACCAACAUCCUCAAUGAUGGGGCACUGUAGCCAUAACAGUGGUUCAGCUGAGCAUAAUCACAGUCACCACCGUCACCAUCCAGACACACAACAGUCAUACUGCUCUGACUCACACACUGACGGCCUUCGACACUCAAGUGAAAGUGUUGGCUGGAGAGACCACAUCACCAAUGGUUCCUUUAAAAGGGCCAACAGAGAAGGCCAUGGUGUGUGCUCUACUCCGUCAGACAUGUCUGGACCGUCCACUCCAGUCCAUACCAGCAGUCCACUACGUACACAGGAAAGUCCCAGUCCAGGGAAGGAAUAUGAGGUCCGGAAAAAAGUAAUCAGCAGUGAUCACGAGGCUAGAGAGCCCCAGGAUGGGCACUACUCCUCUGGUAACGUCAUCCAGGAAUCCACGGAAAAUCCAACAAGUAGCACGGACCCGUCAGUGGCACCAAUCAAAAGCCAAGCAUCAGACACGAACUCACCCAAUCAAACAGACUCCCACAACCACUGCACUACACCAAAUAUUCCGCCCCCUCCAAAAACUGUCCAACAGCAGCACUGCAACCAUGAGGCACCAUCAUCAACCCGCAACACGUGUUUGAACUCUGAGACGACAGUUGCGUCAAGCCAGGGAUAUGUCGUCCGCGCCCCUUCAUUGGCUGACCACCCCCAACAUCACAAUUCAGAGACACCCCACCCGUCUGAGGCUGCCGCAGUGCCUUCCUCCUCGACUCAGGCUGUGUGUCACCCUCCAAGCCAGACACAGGCCACCAGUUCUUUUGAGAGUCCCUUACCUCAGGUCAAUGGUUCUUCUUCUCCAACCAGUGGCUCCUUCCCAGAAGCCUCCAAACCUACCAACGGCACCAGUUCUACAAGGUCCUCCACAACUCCUGCAUCAUCUUACAACCAGGCCAGCAGCAUGGAGGGAUCCCCUGUUUCAGAUAGUCCUGUGCCAGGAUUUGCCACUUUGGGAAGGAAGUUGAUGAUGGGUGGCUCUGACAUCCAACAUCCCAAUCACAUUCCUGUCCAGAACGGACCCCCUCACCACCCUUACUCAGGGAUUGAGCACAAUCCAACUUUAGACAUCAAUAAGAGGCACUGCUACUCUGGUCAUCCCCCACAGCUUCAUCAAAUAUCUGUCUCUAACUACUCCACCAUCUCAAUCCCCCUUCCUCACCCACAGCCGCCUCUACCGGAGAAGCGUCACGCUCACCCAGGCUCACCCAGUGAUGAAACGGAGGUUCUGAAACCAACCAUGAGCCACUCCCACAACUCUCAGCAUCAGCACCAUGUCACCUUUUCACCUACUGUGGGUGAGAUUGCACCUGGUGACCACCACCAAAGUGACACUGUGGUAUCUGAGGAUAGUGAGAAUGGAAACAGAGUCAGCGUGAAGUUUGUCCAGGAUAGUUCGAGGUUCUGGUACAAGCCAGGCAUCUCCAGGGAGCAAGCAAUCAUUGCUUUGAAGCAAAGAGAGCCCGGGACGUUCUUGAUCAGAGAUAGUAAUUCCUUCCAAGGGGCCUACGGCCUGGCAUUGAAGGUGGCCACACCUCCUCUUAAUGUCAACCAGCACAGCAACAAAGGAGGCGAUCCUCUGGAACAUUUGGUGAGACACUUCCUCAUAGAAACAGGGCCUCGAGGAGUCAAGAUUAAAGGCUGUCAGAAUGAGCCCUACUUUGGUAGUCUGUCAGCAUUAGUCUAUCAGCACUCCAUCACACCUAUCUCUUUGCCCUGUGCGCUGAAGAUUCUAGAAAAAGAUCUAAUAGGAGACGUCCCAGAGGUUCAGCCUGUGAGUAACAUCAGUACAGCUGCUGAUCUGCUCAAACAAGGAGCUGCCUGUAAUGUCCUCUACUUGAACUCUGUGGAAACGGAGUCUCUGACUGGGCCACAGGCCAUUGCCAAAGCAACAGAUGCCACAUUGAGUCGUAGCCCGCGCCCCGCCGCCACUGUUGUCCAGUUCAAAGUGACGUCGCAGGGCAUCACACUGACUGACAGCCAGCGCAGGGUUUUCUUCCGCAGACAUUAUGCAGUGAACAGCGUAACCUUUAGCAGCCUUGACCCCAAGGACAGAAGGUGGACUAACACAGACAACACCACUGUUAAAGUUUUUGGGUUUGUAGCCAAGAAGCCAGGCAGCUUGGCAGAGAACGUUUGCCACCUGUUUGCCGAGCUGGACCCUGAACAACCCGCAACGGCCAUCGUCAACUUCAUCAACAAGGUCAUGUUGUCACAGCGCCGAUAG